AAACUUGUUCGUCUCUCCUCAUUUCCCUCUCAUUCCUUCUCGACUACACCCUUAUUUCCCAAACACAGCAUUAUGGCGGAACCAACAAAACAAGAAAUCCAAGACGUCUUCAAGAAGCUAUCUUUGCACCGUGCGAACAAGAACUGCUUCGACUGUCAUGCAAGCAUUGACCAAAAUUGUUGGACAAGCAUUCCAUUCGGCAUCUUUCUUUGCACAGACUGUGGCGCACUUCAUCGUAGUUUUGGCACACACGUCAGUUUUGUCCGAUCAACUGUACUGGACAAAUGGACAUGGGAGCAGCUUCGAACUAUGAUUGUUGGGGGCAAUGCAGCAGCAAGAGAAUACUUUAGUAAAUACCCAGGCGCGGACACCAAGGAUGCAAAGACAAAGUAUUCAAGCAAGGUUGCCAUUGCCUACAAGGAAAAGCUUGCUCAAAAAGUCAAGGAGGACAUGCUUGCACACCCAGGAAAACAUGGCCUCGAGCAACGUUCAGAAGACAGCAAUAAGUCUGCUUUAUCGACCUCAGUGCCAGCAACCAACGCUGACGAUGACUUUUUUGAAAAUUGGAAUCAGCCUACAAAGCCCUCUGCAAACCCAACCUCACCUCAACUUGUUGCCCCUCCCUCUGUUGGGUUCGGAUCUGGUUCACUAGCUCGUACAUCUUCAACUGCCUCACGACCUGUCAAAUCAACUCUUACCUCCGCUCGUAAAACUGGCACAGCAUCCAAACCUAUGAAACUUGGAGCAAAAAAGGCUGGAACGAUCAGUUUCGAGGAGGCUGAGGCUCGUGCUCGGGCUGAGGCCGAGAGGAUCGAGAAGAUUGGGUUCGAAGCAGCUGAAGAAGAGCGCUUACAAAAGUUGGCUGCAGAAAAGGCUAGGGAAGAAGCGGCUAGGGUUGCUGCAGAAGGCCAUGGCGCCAAUAGUAUGAAUGCCUUGAAUGCACGCACCAACUAUUACCAGGCUAAUACAGCUGACAAGUCUAGAACAUCCUCUGAAGAUAUGGAAAGGUUGGGGAUGGGGAUGGGGCGUAUGGGAUUUGGUGCUACACCAACUGCUAAGCCUUCAAGUGUCCGUACUGGUUUUGGUAGCACGAGUAGCAGCAGUUAUUCUCCACAAGUAGAAGAGAACGUUACAGCUGCUCGUGAAAAGUUUGGAAAUCAGAAAGCGAUAUCAUCGGAUCAAUAUUUUGGACGCAACAAUUAUGACGCGGAAGCGCAGGCAGAGGCCACGAGUCGACUGCAAGCCUUUUCAGGAGCGACGAGUAUUAGCAGCAAUCAAUAUUUUGGACGACAGGACGAACCACCGAGUUUGGGUAGUGAUGUUUCAUUGGCGUCUCUGGGUAAUCUCUCAGGAUCAGAUCUAGCCAAAAAGCUAGGACAAGCUGACCUGGCUACACUCAAGAAUGCUGUUCAAGCAGGGGCUGGAAAGCUUGCUGACAUGGUUCAGGAUAUUCAGUCGCGUUAUUACUAUUAGUGGCAGUUUUGAAUUUUUUUUAUUUGAAUAAAAAAUACAUUCUUGUCUUACUUCUUCCUUUCUUUUUAAGCAUAAUACGCAAACGACGUUAUGGAUGAGGCGGAAGACAUUCCUUGCCCGUGUACACUCAGAAUUGCAGUUGUUGGUGGGCCUCAGUAUAAUCGAC